AUGAUGAAGGUAUUUAUUUGUAUUAUAUUAUUUAUUUCUUUAACCUAUGCUGUUUCAUGUUUAGACAAUCAAUACGUGUCUAUUACUGGGGAGUGUCAGUAUUGUUCAAGUCAUUGUAGUUCAUGUUUUGAUGCUGAUUCAUGCCAAAGAUGUGAAUUUGGAUAUGAACUAAGAAAAGAUAAAUCAGGUAAUUUUAAUUGUAAUAAAUGUGGUUCUCAUUGUGCUUUAUGUUCAAUGGGUGUAUGUACUCAAUGUGAAGAUGAUUAUGCAAUUAAGGAUGGAGAAUGUGAAGAAGUAAGUUUGUUAUUAUAUAAAAUCAAUUAA